AUGGACGACCCGUCGGGAUCGCCGACGUCCGGCAAGGGCCGAGCGUCGCUAUUCAGCAACUCGCUCUUCCCAUCCACAUCACCAAAAUCAGGACGUCGUCCGUCAUCGCCUUCAGCAUACUCAUCUUCACCACCAUCCGAUAUCUCGUCUUCAAGGAGCGGCGAAGCAGGGCUGUUCCAGCAGACGUCGAUGGCGCUGCAGUCGUUCGCUAUCGAGUCGGUGCUAUCGGCUUCGGCCGCACCACCUAGACUACCAGUCGCUGAGAACAAGGUACCGCUCUCGCUUCCCACGACAACCAAGAACUUCCGAGGCUUCGUACAAAAGUCGGGACCUAUGUUCUGGUUCCAAGAUGGUGUAGAAGCAACACUGAUGUGGCAGGACACAAGUUGGACGCUUAUGUGGAUGGCCAUCUGGGCCAUGGUAUCAAUUUACCCUUGGCUGCUGCUUUUGGCGCCAAGUACGAUUCUCUCGGUCAUCCUUGUCAUGACACAUCGAGCUCGCUAUCAGGAUACAAUGACACCGAACAUUGUCCGCAUGGAGGUGCCCAAGUCUCCCUCAUCAAAGGCUCGCUCAGCAGACGACAAGGCUCUCAUUGCAUCUCCUGCCGAGGUUCUGGCAUACUCGACUACCUUCCCAACAAGCACGGGCGAAGGCUUUGUGCAGCCUCCACUCGUACCCAAUCCUCCCCACGAAGGCACGGUCAAAUACUAUGAGAACCUUCGAGACAUACAAAACAUGAUGAGGAUGAUUAUCGACGGUUAUGAUCUUCUCGCACCGACAGUCCCUUAUCUCAACUGGUCCUCGUACAGUCGCAGUCUGCAUAUCCUUCAGCUCGCGCUCCUCACCAAUGUCCUGCUCUUCUUCAUUGCGCCAUACCUACCAUAUCGUGCAGUCAUGUUCUUGGCAGGCGAAGGUGCUUUCAUUCUCAACCAUCCCUGGACGAAGCCUGCGCUUGAGGGUCUGGCGAAGCGCAUCCAUACAUCGAGAGAAGGCAGGAAGCUGAUCAAGAUCGCCAAAGAAGGAGGUCACAAAGUGCGCGAGUGGAUCGAACAGGAUCGACUCGAUGACCAUGUCUGGGAGAGAGGAUGGAGGAAUGUCGAGAUGUUUGAAAAUGAGCGAUUCCUUCCUUCCAAGCGUGCGGCUAGCUCAAGUGGUGUAGUCGGCGGAUGGAGCGCGCACAAUCUGCGCAUGGGUGAGCGCAUGCCUUGGACGAAAGGCCCUGACGGAUGGUCGUCUGACCAAGUCGAAGUUCUUCCUGGUCACAAGAUUGAUAUCAGCAGACAAGUCGCGAUGAAGCUCGAACCCGGAUGGGAGUGGGUUCCUGGCGAUGAGUGGCGUAUUGAUUGGGGUGGAAGCUGGUCCGCUGUCGGCGUGGACGAUGAAGGCUACGUCUACACUGAUUCGAGCUGGCAGAAACCUGCAAGCUACGCAUAUGGACAUGGUGGUGGUGUCCCUGACUAUCCUCCUUCCAUCUUUGACAUGGAAGGUGACGGUGAUCAGGAUACGCUUGUUGACGAUGAUGGCGAGUCGGAUGUCAGGAGUACUCUGCCUCCGCUCAGCACGGGCGUGAUCGACCACGAUCCCAAGAUGCGCGCUGAGACUAGGAGGAGGCGCUGGUUGAGACGAGCUGUUCGCACGUCUGCCUAA